AAUUUCUGAAGAGUUCACUCUGCAGAACACACUGAGGCAACAGCAAUCACCACAGGUCGUGAGAAUGAGUCCUACUUUAUUUUUGGCCAUCCUGUGUUUGGGAGUGGGCUCAGGUGCCCUAGCACUUGAUCCCAAUUUGAAUGCUGAAUGGCAUGAUUGGAAGAAACAGUAUGAAAAAUCAUACACCAUGGAGGAAGAAGGACUGAGGAGAGCAAUAUGGGAAGAAAACAUGAGAAUGAUCAAACUGCACAACUGGGAGAAUAGCCUGGGGAAGAAUAACUUCACCUUGAAAAUGAAUGAAUUUGGUGACCUGACUCCUGAAGAACUCAGAAAAAUGAUGAACAAUUUUCCAAUCUGGAGUCACAAGAAGAGAAAAAUCAUCAGGAAGCGCGCAGUUGGUGAUGUUCUACCCAAAUUUGUGGACUGGAGAAAGAAAGGCUAUGUGACUCGAGUACGGAGACAGAAAUUUUGUAAUUCCUGUUGGGCUUUUGCUGUGAAUGGUGCCAUAGAAGGACAGAUGUUCAAAAAAACUGGCAAACUCACCCCUCUGAGUGUUCAGAACCUAGUGGACUGUACUAAAACUCAAGGAAAUGAUGGCUGCCAAUGGGGUGAUCCAUACAUUGCCUAUGAAUAUGUUUUGAAUAAUGGAGGUCUGGAGGCUGAGGCAACCUAUCCAUAUGAAGGAAAAGAAGGACCAUGCAGGUACAAUCCAAAGAAUUCUAAGGCUGAAAUCACAGGAUUUGUGUCCCUCCCAGAAAGCGAAGAUAUUCUAAUGGAAGCUGUAGCAACUAUUGGGCCCAUCUCUGCUGCAGUGGAUGCUUCCUUUAACAGAUUCAGUUUCUACGAUGGAGGUAUUUAUCAUCAGCCAAAUUGCAGCAAUAAUACUGUGAAUCAUGCAGUUCUGGUGGUUGGCUAUGGAACUGAGGGAAAUGAAACAGAUGGCAAUAAGUACUGGCUAAUCAAGAACAGCUGGGGUAGAAGAUGGGGCAUUGGAGGCUACAUGAAGAUUAUCAGAGACCAGAACAACCACUGUGGCAUUGCUACAUAUGCACAUUAUCCCAUUGUAUGAGCAGUCUGAUGCACACAGGGAAGAAUGUGAGACAGCAUUUCCACAGUAAUGUCAUCCACUUCAAUGACCAGCCUUCCCUUGCUGUGUUAAAAAGUUGAACCCUAGAAGAGCUCUGUUACUAUUUGAAUUCUUAGAACUUUCAAUGUUUUGACAUUAUGAGUCAAAAUUGUUUCUCUCACUAAUGAAUAUUCAUGAUUCCUGUGAUAACUCUAUUCUCACUGUUAAUGUUUGUGCAAAUAAAGUACAAUAAAACU